GAAAUGCAAAGAGAAGCACUGGAAAGUGCAAAUACAAACACCGCCGUUCUUACUACUAUGAAGGGGGCUGCAGACGCAAUGAAAGCUGCACAUCAACAUAUGGACGUGGAUCAAGUACACGAUAUGAUGGACGAUAUAGCAGAACAACAAGAUGUGGCUAGAGAAAUUUCAGAUGCCAUAUCUAAUCCAGUAGCGUUUGGCCAGGAUGCCGAUGAAGAUGAAUUAGAGAAAGAGCUAGAAGAACUUCAACAAGAGCAACUUGACAAAGAAUUACUUGGUAUCGAUACAACGACAGAUGAAUUACCAGCGGUACCAACUUCAGUUCCCGUUGCACCAAGCAAAACUCGUACAAAAGCUAAACCU